AUGGAACCAUCUUUCCCUACACUGCUUCUUUCUCUGUCGACCAUUUUGGUGGCCUUGUUCUUCCCCUGCACGCACUCCCUCGAUGCCGCAGCUCCAUCUUGGAACAACUCUGACGCCGACCAACAGACGCUCCUCUGCCUCAAGUCUGGCCUUGCCAGCAACCUCACCACUGGAGCGCUGGCAACAUGGCGACACGACUCCCAGAGCUUCUGUCAAUGGCGCGGUGUGACAUGCAGCACCGUGCAGAGUGCAGCACCUCGUGUUGUUGCGCUAGACCUCAUGUCGCUGAACCUUACCGGUCAGAUUCCUCCUUGCAUUGGCAACCUCAGUUUCUUGACCAGGAUAAACAUGCCGGACAAUAAGAUCAGUGGCAGCAUUCCCCCGGAGAUAGGCCGCCUGGCACAACUCAGACAACUAAACCUCAGCAUCAACUCCAUAGGCGGCAUGAUCCCCGAUGCACUGUCAAUGUGUUCCCGCCUGGAGAUCAUAAGCCUGUCAAGCAACCUCCUGGAAGGUGAGAUCCCUUCAGCUCUUGCUCAAAGUUCAUCCCUCGAACAGCUUGUCCUCAGUGACAACUUUCUUCAGGGGCACAUACCACCCGGGUUUGCCUUGCUUCCGAACCUUUCUAUAUUAUCCUUUGCUAGGAACAAGCUUUCAGGCACCAUUCCUCGGUUCCUAGGAGGCAACUCGCGUCUUACCAAGCUUGCUCUCGACAACAAUGCGUUCACAGGAGAAAUUCCACGCUUCCUAGUGAAUUCCUCCUCGCUUGCUUACCUCAACCUUGCAUCAAACAAGCUCCGUGGAGAGAUCCCUCCUGCACUAUUCAAUAGCUCAUUGCUUUACACCUUAAAUCUCUCUUACAAUGGUUUUUCCGGGUCAAUCCCGUCCUUCGCUCAUGCAUCCUCUCCCUUGAAAUAUCUUAGCUUGACUAGCAAUAACCUUUCAGGGAGCAUACCUAGCUCAUUAGGGAACUUUUCCUCCCUAUCCUUCCUAUUGCUUGCUCUGAACAACUUACAAGAGAGCAUUCCAGAGAGCUUAGGUAGCCUUGCAGGUUUGCAAGUAUUAGACAUGACAUAUAACAACUUGUCAGGCACAGUUCCUCCAACUAUAUAUGCAAUCCCAUCUCUAACUUAUCUUGACCUUGGAGCCAACCAGCUAUCUGGGAGAAUUCCAACCAACAUUGGCUAUACACUUCUGAGAAUUCAGAUGUUGGUAAUGCAAGGUAACCAGUUUGAUGGCCCAGUACCUGCUUCUUUGGCAAAUGCCUCUGACCUAAAAUACCUUGGCCUCCGCAAUAACGCAUUCAGUGGUAUCAUUCCUUCUCUGGGGUCUUUGACAAACUUGGUCACUCUAGAUCUGGGUGACAAUCUGCUUGAAGCUGGUGACUGGACUUUCUUGUCCUCACUAACAAGUUGCACCCAGUUGCAAAAGUUAUACUUGGAUAGGAAUAAUCUUCAAGGAGAGUUACCUACUUCCAUUGGCAAUCUUCCGAAAAACUUACAGUGGUUGCUUCUGAAUGAUAACCAAAUAACUGGUUUCAUACAUCCAGAUAUAGGAAAUCUCAGCAGUCUCACUCUUAUUCAUAUGGAGAGAAAUUUCCUCUCAGGGAAUAUUCCUGCUACACUUGGAAAUAUUCAGACUCUGUUUGUCCUGAAUUUAGCAGAAAACAAAUUUUCUGGAGAAGUCCACGAUCAAUUGGAAACCUUGAGAAGCUAA